AUGACUUCUGCUACCUUGGAAACGAGACUUAAAAAAUUCUUGCAGUAUAAAUAUUAUAUGGGAAACGGAAUCAUAUUCUGGAAUGCUCAAUUAACUGAUAAAGGUUUAUAUGCAAUUGCGCGAUCAUAUUAUAAAUUAGAAUAUCUAAAUAUUUCUUAUUACAGAAAUAUUAGCGAUAAAUCUUUGUUUGAAAUCGCAGGAAAUUGUCAUGAUUUGCAAGAGUUUUAUUUUGCCGAAGCACGUUGGAUCACAGGAUAG